CGCACUUUAUUAUCGAAAUAUCGUUUUACAGCACUAUCAGCCGGUGAACCAAAUCAACAAAUAGAAUUUCUAAAAAAUUUAAUAAUUGGAAUUGGAUCAAUUAAAAGAGUAGAAAAAUCUUCCAUAGAGAAAGCAAUACACAGCUUAAGCCCGCUAAAAUGCCUUCCUACGAGCUAGCCCUGGUGCUGCGUCAAUUGCCUCGCCCCGAACUGAUAUCCGUGAUACGCCGCACCGCCGAAGCAAUAUUGGACAAAGGAGGCAUCAUUCGGAAGCUGGAGAAUCUCGGCACGCGGGCGUUGCCCCACAAAGUCAGUGAGCACGGGGUGGUGCAUCGCGUGGGAACGCACUUCACAAUCGCCUUCGACACGGCGCCCACGAAGAUCUCGGACCUCAAGGAAGAGUUUGGCCGCGACAUCGACAUUGUGCGGCGGUACAUCUUCAAGGUCGAGGAGCCGGAGGAGCACAAGUGCACGCUGCACGAGGAGAUGUUGCCGCCCGCCUACCGCAAGGAUGUCCAGCAGCUGAUAGCGACGGCCCAAAAGAAGCAGAAACCGAAGUACAACUACAACUCGGGUCUGGACUACUAUCCCUUCCAGAAGUAGAGGGCCUCCAAGUCGAAUAAAAUCUGUUAAUGUAUUUAAA